AAAUACAUAUAAAAUGAUUUAUAGCAAGUUUUAUUUAUUGUGGUAUAUUAUCGUGAUGGGUGUUUUUUUUAAGCAGGUAAAAAGUUCAGACAUAAAUUUAGAAUGGGCCAUAGAUUGUCCAAGAGCAUGUAACUGUAAGAACAUAGAUUUUAUUGACUUACCAAUAGUUAAAUGGAUGUACAGUGGACUACAAACUGAACCACAUACCUCAUAUACACAUAAUGAAGUUAUUGAAGAAAAUGAAGAAGAACAAAUAGCUCAUCACAAUUCACAGUUUUUUAAAACUGCCUUAUGUAUGUUUAUGAAUGUAACAAAACCAAAAGAAUUUUUAAAUUUUCUUCCAUUAGACACAGAGGCAUUAAUUUUAUUUCAGACAACUGAUUCAGACAAUAUUACAAUAGAAGAUGAUAUUAAGCUGCCAAAACUAAUUUCAUUUGAAAUUCAUGGCAAUAAUAAUCCAUCAAAAAUCUAUAUUACAGAUAAAAUGUUCAAAUAUAUGGAUAAUAUAAAAUAUAUAAACAUUCAAAGUGUAUCAUUAGAUAAAUUAACUUUAGAUAAUAAUGAACCAAUUCCAAUAAUAGAUACUAAUGUUUAUAAAAAAGAAAAUUCAUACGCAUUUAAUGAACUUUCACCAGUCUUACCUACGUAUUUACAUAAAGAAUAUAACCAUCAUAUAAAAAACCGUUUGAUAUUUUUACAGCCCAAGGAUAUUGACAUGAUUCCUUAUGAAACCUAUAAGAAAACUAAAAGAACAGUAAAAUCCAAUAGCCUAUUUUUAAUCAAUAAAGAUUUGUUGUUUUUAAGAAUUACGAAUUGUGAUCUAAAAGAUAUAUCAUGGGAUUUAUUUAAUGGAUUGGAUUUGUUGGAAACCCUUAUUCUAGAUAACAAUGCUAUUGAAUACAUUCCAGAUUUUUCUUUUUAUGGCGCUAGUGUACUAAAAAGUUUAUCUUUAGCUAAUAAUAAAAUUAAACAUUUGCAGACUACUAGUUUAGCUGGUCUUCUUGAUUUGAAUUAUUUAAAUUUGAAAAACAAUGCUAUAACUGUGUUAUCAGAAACAACAUUCCCACCAUUACCAAAAUUAAAAGUUGCAGAUUUAAGUAAUAAUCCAAUUGAAAUAGUGUAUCCACAUACAUUUGAAGUGUUAAAUGCUACAAUUGAGCUUACGUUGGGAACAAAUAACACACUACUACAUUUACAUAAAAAUGCAUUUAUUGGUUUAGAUCGUUUAGAAAAAUUGAAUUUAAUCGGUGUAAAUGUGACAAUUUUAGAAAGGCCCUUUAUGAUUGGACUUCCUAAUCUUGUAGAACUUAAAAUAAAAGGUUCCAUACAACAUAUAGCUUUUGAUGCUUUUUUUGAAAUACCAAACAUUAAACGUCUCAUAAUCAGUAAUUGUUCAAUACAAUCUGUGUCUAUGGAUUCAUUUUAUGGAAUUUAUAAUUUAGAACAUUUAGAUUUGUCUUAUAAUCAAAUCAAAGAAUUGCCUCCUGGGUUAUUUGAUCAACAAUUGUCUCUCAAGGAAUUAAUUUUAAAUAACAAUCAACUGAUUGAUUUACCAGAUGAUAUAUUUAAAAAAAUAUCUAAUCUUAAAUUAAUACGAUUAGAUAUGAACUCACUACAUUGUACAUGCAAGAUGAAAUUGUGGGAUAUUUCAUUAAUGACUAAAAGUGUAAAAGAAAUAAAUAAACAUAAUUGCAAGUGGAAACAUUUAAAGAAAAGAUAUAGCUGUACAAUUAUAAAUACAACUACAUAUAUUUAUAACAAAAAAUUAGAACCAAUAUGUUCAAGUCCAACAAAAUUAAAAGGAAAGACAGUUUCAUAUGCUUUGAGAAAGUACAUGGAUUGCAAUAGUGAAUCGUACAGCAAACAUAACAUGAAAAAAAAUUAUAAAAAACAAAAGCUUUAUAAACAAGUUAGUGAACAAGACAUCAGACAAAAUACCACAACAUUAAAGACUAUUUUUUUUGAUUUUAUUUUAAAUCAUACAACAAGUAUCAGAUAUAAUACCAUCACAACACCAAACAUAACAGAAUCAACACCGGAAUCAAUAAUUGAUAAUAAAGUAUUCAUUACUACAGAAAGAAGUAUACGUUUGAACAAUGGAACAUAUGUAAGUAAGUUAUUGUUGAAAGAAGAAAUUUCUAAAAUGAAAAGAAAACAUAAAGCAAAAAUUCUGUUUUAAAAGUAGAAAACAAAUUA